AUGACUGAACCAGUUGGAAAAAAGCAAAAGAUUAAUCCAAAGAAGAAAUUAGUUAUAAACUUUUUCGAAAAUAACUCUCCAGGUCUUCAAUAUCGUAUGUCAACUCUAAUUUCCAAAACAAAAAUUGCAGAAAGAGGUAAAAUUCAUGCUAUAUUUGUUGCAGAUUCAUUAGCAUAUUUUGAUUCUUAUAAAGGACCUCAUAAUUUCAAAGAAUCAUUGAAAACUGGUAUUCAAGCUCCAAAAAAUGAUCCAAGUCUUUCAAUCUCUGCAAUGGCUGCUGUUACUAAAAAUGUAGGGUUUGCUGUGACUUUUAGUUCUAUUAGUGAACAACCUUAUCAUCUUGCUAGAAGAUUAGCCACAUUAGAUCAUUUGACUAAUGGUAGAAUCGGUUGGAACGUUGUUAGUUCAUUUUUACCAUCAACUGCAAGAGAAUUGUUAAAUAAUGCUCCAUUACCUGAACAUGAUGAAAGGUAUAAUAAGACUGAAGAAUAUUUACAAGUUAUUUAUGAAUUAUUAUUAUCAAGUUGGAGAGAUGAUGCUGUUAUUGUUGAUCGUGAAAAGGGAGAGUAUAUUGAUACUGAUAGAGUUCGUGAAAUUAAUUUCAAAGGUGAUUAUUUCGAUGUUGCAGGACCUUCAUUAUCUGAGCCUUCCAAGCAAAGAUUACCAGUUAUUGUUCAAGCUGGUACUUCAACAAAGGGGAAAAAUUUCGCAGCUCAACAUGCAGAAGUAAUUUAUAUUAAUGGAUUAACACCGGGGAAUUUAGGUGAUAAAAUCAAAUCUAUUAAAAAACUCGCAGUGGAAAAAGGUCGUAAUGAGGAUAGUAUCAAAUUUUUGUGUUCUGCAACUGUUAUAGUAGGACAAACUGAAGAGGAAGCCCAAGCCAAGUAUGAUGAACUAGUUGAAUACUCGGAUCAUGAUGGUGCACAAGUUCUUUUCGGUGGUUGGACAGGUAUAGAUUUAAGUCAGUGGGAUGACGAUCAAGAAUUGAAUCAUGUUGAAAAUAAUGGUAUGAGAUCAUAUAUUGAAAACUUGACAAAAUUUAAUCCUGGUAAAAAAUUCACCAAAAAGACAAUAAUUGAACGUAUUUCAGUUGGUGGUUCAACAAGUGCAGUAUUUGUAGGAACUCCUGAUAAGAUUGCAAAUGAUAUUGAAAAAUAUGUCGAAGAAAGUGAUGUUGAUGGGUUUAAUUUUACUUAUGCAGUUUGGCCUGAAUCUUUUGAAGAUUUAGUUGAUUAUGUUAUACCUAAAUUACAAGAAAAGGGAUUAGCACAAACUGAAUACCCAGUUGAAAACGGGACUUAUAGAGAACAAUUAUAUGGUAAAGAAGGUCAAUCAUUUGUUCCUGAAAAUCAUCCAGCUUUCAAUCUAAGAUGGAGAUCUGGUGUUUCGGAAGAAGAAUUUGUUACAAAAUUAAAUAAAAAAUAA